UUGUAUCUCAUUAAUUCAGGAUCAAACCGGAAUACUUCGGGCACGCGCCCUUUGUGUUUCAUUGGUUAAAAUAGCGCGUCUUGACAUCACGUGGUUCUUUCCAUUUCAACCGGCAACACACGGCAACAUCAUGGAUUACGGAUCAUAUGGCAAUGGUUACAGCAGUGGAGGCGGUGGUUACGGAGGUGGUGGUGGUGACUACAGCUCAGGUGGUGGCAGCUACGGGGGCGGUUAUGGUGGGGGAGGAUACGAUGGUGGUAGUGGAUACAGAGGUGGUAGAGGCCGUGGAGGGAGCCGAGGUGGCGGCAGGGGUGGAGGUCGCGGCGGCAGCAGGGGGUCACAAAACGACUACUUCAAGGACCCAGAGUCUGAGCCUUUCAGGAAACUUUUCAUCGGAGGAUUGAGCUUCGAGACCACAGAUGAAAGUUUAAAAGAACAUUUCUCACAGUGGGGCGAGAUUGUUGACUGUAUUGUCAUGAAAGAUCCAGAAACAAAAAGGUCCAGGGGAUUUGGUUUUAUUACAUACAAAGAGGCACAGAGCAUAGAAGAUGCCCAGGCUCACAGACCACACAAUGUUGAUGGCAGAGAAGUGGAAUCCAAGCGAGCCAUGCCCAGAAAUUCUGACGGCACAACAGAGUCAUCAAAGGCGACCAAAAAGCUGUUUGUGGGUGGAGUGAAGGACGGAGACACAGAGGACGACUACAUGAACCUGUUCAGUCAGGAGGGUGAGGUGGAGAAGGUCAACAUGGUCACAGACAAGGACACCGGCAAACAGAAACCCUUCUGCUUUAUCACCUUUGUGGACACUGAUGCCACAGAUAAAUGCGUCUUGAAACACGAGUUUGAGGUGAAUGGCCACUCGGUACAGGUGAAGAAAGCCGAAGAAAAGAACCAGCAGGCUGGUGGUCGAGGCGGCGGCAGGGGAGGUCGUGGAGGUGGUGGUGGAGGCAGGGGUGGAGGUUACGGUGGUUCUGGGUUUGGACAAGGGUAUGGUGAUCAAGGGGGCUAUGGAGGGGGGCCAAUGAGGGGAUCAGGUUACUCACAGAGGGGAUCGUCUGGACCAUAUGGCCAGGGUUAUGGUCGUGGUGGUGGUCGCGGUGGCAGCAGCUGGCAGUAAAAGUGUCUACGGGAAUCUCAUCACCAUUCUUUCUCUGUAUCUGGCAAUAGUAAAUCGGGGAAUCUGUGAUAUGCUAGGCAGACAAGACAAGGCAAAAUGCUAGGCAGGCAAUAUCCAACCCUAACAAUAGGCAGGAUUCACUACUUCCAUCCACAUUGAGAAUUUCAUCGGGAGAGGCAUUACUUUCCCUUGUCCACACACUAUCAUUCUUGAUAGGCAGGGAUAGUUCUAUGUAUAUAUAUAACCACCCAUGGUUAUGUUGAAGUUUAGAAAAUCUUGAUUCAUCGAAAAAAGAAAAUACUUGCACAGAUUUUUCUUAAAAGAUCUGUAGGAAGUAAAGUUAUAGAAAAUGUUUCCAAUUUCUGUAUUCUGAAGACAAAUUCAAUUCUUGCUGGUACCUUCGUACCUAUGCUACAGAAUAAAGUGAAAUAUAUGUUUACACAGUGAAAAUAGAUGGAUUUUCGAGUGUUAAAUUAUAUAUAUAUAUAUAUGCCAUUAUGAAUUUCUCCGGAGUUCUGAAGAGUUAUCAUGUUAGAAGAAGGAAUGUCAGCCUAACUUGUGAUUGAAAAAUUAGGGUUUUAUUCUUGAAUGUUGAUGUUUUAUUUCUGUUACUGUUGCCAGAUACACAGUGUAUCAUCGUUGUCAUUUGCCAUAUUGGUCUUACAUGUAAAUACAUCAAAUAAACAAUUUCCCAGGAUCAACGUUAGACAUUCUAGAUGUGUGUUGUUUGUUAUUGUACUAUUUUGUAAAAUCAUUGAUAAAAAUCUUUAAAAAUCAUGUUCACUUUAAAUAAAUGAAUAGAACAAAGUGAAA